AUGCAAAUAAUAACUAUUACAUUCAUUCGAAACGUAAUUUUACUACCACAUCAAUUGCAUGAGCAAUUAUCUUUGGCAGAAGCCCGAAUGAUUGAUUCUGCCGUAGUUUCUAUGCUCACUGAAUCAUAUUGCGAAAAUGAACAGACAUUAAAAUACCUUGCACGGCUACUUUCACCAAUGUCUUAUAUGGAUAUUAUUAGGGCAAGAACAGGAAACAAAAUAUGUGGGUACCCAUUAUGCCAUGAAAUGGCAGCAGAAAAUCCUUUUAAUGGUUUCUCCACUCACUCGAUGUACUGCAGUAAUUUCCAUAGCAAAUGUUCGUUGUAUCUAAUGAGGCAGCUAUCGCAGACGCCUUUGCAUGAAAGGCUCGGUGUGCAUUUAACUAGUUACACCAAUCUAGAAUUGGUUGAUACAUAUUCAGUAAGGCUUUUGGAAGAAUUAGUUGUAAAUAAGAUACCUAUAGAUACAGUUAAUUCGUUAAUAGCGAGUUUCAAGGGUCUUGAGUUUGAUGAUACUUACAACGAUGAGCCUUUAUCAUUAGAUGAGCACUUUGAUCGGUUAACUACUGAGGAAGAAACCUGUAUGGAAGAUUUAUUAUAA